AACGCAAAGACCUGUUGUUUUAAAGAAAAAAAACGGAUCAAACUUUUUUUUUUUUAAAUUUACUGCUUCAGCAUCAGUCACACGAUACCAGACGACGUAGGAAGGUAGACGUAACGGUUUAGAAACUUUUUCUUUCUGGUUUUGGUGUCGCUUCAAGCCUAACACGUUAAUUCUGCUUCAGUAGUCAGUUGUAUACCAGUUGUGCCGCGAAAGCUCACAAAAUGUCGCCGAAAUUACAGUUUUCUGCCAUUUUCUGGUGCGUAACAGGUGUUCUGGCGUCUUUCGCCCAAGAAUGUGGCCGAGCACCGGUAAUAGAGAACAGGAUUGUGGGAGGGAUGGACUCCGCAGAUGGGGCUUGGCCGUGGCAGGUAGAUAUACAGACAGAGGCUGCUGGUCACAUCUGUGGAGGCUCCAUCAUCACAAAGAACUGGGUCCUAUCAGCCGCUCACUGUUUCCCCAAUCCAUCUGACGUGAGCUCGUACAUCAUCUACGUUGGCCGGUACCAGCUGAACGGCUUCAACCCACACCAGUCGGUGCAUCGUGUGAGCCAGGUGGUGAUCCCGUCCGGUUACACGGAGCCUCACAGUGGGAAGGAUUUGGCGCUGGUGCAGCUAUCCAGCCCAGUAACCUGGUCAGAUCAUGUCCGUCCCAUCUGCCUGCCUGCCUCUGGCACCUUGUUCCCAAGUGGCAUGCAGUGCUAUGUCACUGGCUGGGGAAACAUUCGAGUUGAUGUCCCUCUGCAAGGAGUAGGGACUCUGCAGGAAGUGCAGGUGCCAAUCAUCUCCCAGAGUUCAUGUCAGGAGAUGUACCGGAUGCACCCGACGGAGAAGGUGGACAUCUUGUAUGACAUGAUCUGCGCUGGAUACCAGGAGGGCGGCAAAGACUCCUGCCAGGGCGAUUCAGGAGGGCCCCUUGUCUGCCAGAUGGUGAAUGGGACCUGGGUGCAGGCUGGAGUGGUGAGUUUUGGAUUGGACUGUGCCCAGCCAAACCAGCCAGGUGUGUAUACCAGGCUAACCAGCUACUCAAGCUUCAUCCGCUACUCGAUACCAGAGAUCCGGCUGCAUGGCAGAGCCAAUCACAACUGGUGUGGGAGGGCUGCUGUGUUGAUUGGCUGUCUGUCCACUCUACUGAUCCUGCUGCAGAGAUGAGACACUUGGAAAACUGGAUUUCCAGAUGGUAGAAUCCAAACCAGGCCAAAUGAAGGAGGAUAUUCAUUGCAAAUGUCUGACGUGUCCAGAGUGGUCCUGAAUAGUCAAACUAGACUACUGUUACUUGUAUCUGAUGUGCACAUGAAGCCAUAUUGAAUGUGAAAUGUAAUAUAAUCAUUUUUAGAGCUAUAACUCAGCAUUAUGAUCUUUGAUUCAAGUAGUUUGAUAUGUUUGUAUUUUAAAUCAGAAAUAUGAGCUAAAUGAAUUGUCUUCUGCAUUUGAAAUAAAAUAUGAAUUUGAUUAUUAA